CUCACAGUGACAACAACGGAGGCGGGCGGCGGAAGGAGUCGGACAGGUCAGGUUUGGCGGCUGAGGUGGUCGCCAUGGCGUAGCCGAGCGGGGUCUACACUUGGUCAACCACGCCCCACUGUGGGGCUGUACCGUUUCUUCAGGAAGAGGCAGACAUACUAGAGGACUGUCAUAACAAUGGAGUUGAUGCUAAAUAAAUUGAAGAGCACUGUUACAAAAGUGACUGCAGAUGUCACAAGUGCAGUCAUGGGAAAUCCAGUUACCAGGGAAUUUGAUGUUGGUCGGCACAUUGCUAGCGGUGGCAACAAGCUUGCUUGGAAAAUUUUUAAUGGCUUUAAAAAGUCAACAAAACAGGAAGUGGCAGUCUUUGUGUUUGAUAAAAAACUUAUGGAUAAAUAUCAGAAAUUUGAGAAGGAUCAAAUUAUUGAUUGCUUAAAACGAGGAGUUCAGCAGCUGACAAGACUUCGACAUCCUCGGCUGCUAACUGUGCAGCAUCCACUAGAAGAAUCCCGAGACUGUUUAGCAUUUUGUACAGAACCAGUUAGUGCAAGCUUGGCUAAUAUACUUGGUAACUGGGACAAUCUUCCUUCACCCUUACCAUCUGACAUCAAAGAAUAUAACUUGUAUGAUGUGGAAAUGAAAUAUGGCUUACUUCAGGUUUCAGAAGGCUUGUCAUUUCUACACAGCAGUGUGAAAAUGGUCCAUGGCAACCUUACUCCUGAAAACAUAAUUCUGAAUAAAAGUGGUGCAUGGAAAAUUAUGGGAUUUGACUUCUGCAUUCAGUCUAUAAAUCCAUCUGAACAAGAGCCAAAAUUCUCUUCUAAAGAAUGGGACCCAAACUUACCAUCUUUGUGUCUUCCAAAUCCUCAGUAUUUGGCACCAGAAUACAUCCUUUCAGUAAGCUGUGAAACAGCUAGUGACAUGUAUUCUCUAGGGGCAAUUAUGUAUGCUGUAUUUAAUAAUGGAAAGCCCAUUUUUGAGGUCAACAAGCAAGAUAUAUAUAAAAGCUUCAGCAGACAGCUGGAUCAGCUUAGUCGGUUGGGUUCCAGUAAUCUUCAGAACAUCCCAGAAGAUGUCCGUGAACAUGUAAAACUGUUGUUAAAUGUCACUCCUGCAGUCAGACCAGAUGCAGACCAAAUGACUAAAAUACCAUUCUUUGAUGAUGUUGGGGCCAUGACAUUACAGUACUUUGAUUCUUUAUUCCAAAGGGAUAAUCUUCAAAAAUCACAGUUUUUUAAAGGGCUGCCAAAAGUUUUACCAAAACUGCCUAAGCGUGUUAUAGUGCAAAGAAUUUUGCCUUGCUUAACGUCUGAAUUUGUAAAUCCAGACAUGGUACCUUUUGUUCUGCCUAAUGUUCUGCUCAUUGCGGAGGAAUGUACCAAAGAAGAAUACAUAAAACUAAUUCUACCUGACCUCAGCCCUGUCUUUAAACAACAGGAACCAAUCCAGAUUCUCUUGAUAUUUCUUCAAAAAAUGGACCUACUACUAACCAAAACACCUCCAGAUGAAAUAAAGAACAGUGUUCUGCCAAUGGUUUAUAGAGCCUUAGAAGCACCAUCGAUUCAAAUACAGGAACUCUGCUUAAAUAUUAUUCCCACGUUUGCCAACCUUAUAGAUUAUCCAUCAAUGAAAAAUUCGUUGAUACCAAGAAUUAAAAAUGCAUGUUUACAAACCUCAUCUCUUGCUGUGCGUGUAAAUUCCUUAGUCUGUUUGGGAAAAAUUUUGGAAUACUUGGAUAAGUGGUUUGUUCUUGAUGAUAUUCUGCCUUUCUUGCAACAAAUUCCUUCCAAGGAACCUGCAGUCCUUAUGGGAAUCUUAGGUAUUUACAAAUGUACAUUCAGUCACAAGAAGCUGGGAAUUACAAAAGAACAACUUGCAGGAAAGGUGCUUCCGCAUCUGAUUCCUCUUAGCAUUGAGAACAAUCUUAAUCUAAAUCAGUUUAAUUCCUUUAUUUCAGUCAUAAAAGAGAUGUUAAGUAAAUUGGAAGCUGAACAUAAGACCAAACUUGAACAAAUCCAUGUUAUGCAGGAACAACAAAAAUCUUUGGAUAUAACUAAUCAAAUGAAGCCACUUGAAGAAUCAAAAGUCAGUAGUACAGGCAAUCAAGUGGACAAAACUUUUACCAAUCUAGGAAUGUGUAUCUUAACUAGUGGACCUGAUUGUAAAGAGAAUGGACUGAUGACAAAUCAAAGAAAAGGGUCACUUACACUUGAAGAAAAGCAGAAGUUAGCAAAGGAACAGGAGCAAGCACAAAAACUGAAAAACCAACAGCCGCUUAAACCCCAGCCUCAUGCAAUUAUUGCUCCAGUGAAACAGACAAAGGAUUUGACUGAUACUCUGAGAGAUAACAUAGCAUCAUUGACUACUCAACCCAUCAGCAAGCCUAAAGUUCCUUCUUCAAGUAGUUUUUCUUCAGUGGGUAUUGGAAUGGCAUUUUCAUCAUCUGUUGAAAACACUAAGAGAAAUGGACUAAAUGCUAAUAUGGGGUUUCAGCCUUCUGGAUUUGGCAUGGGGAUUGGUACCACAAGCCAGAAUUUCUUUAGUAAUGCUGGUGUCACUGGAAUGGCCAACAUGAAUAUGUUGCCAACAGCAAACAUGCCACCUUAUAGCCCCAUGAACACUACAUCACCAGUUGUGCAGCAAAGCAGGCCACCUGAUAUGUCUGCUUUAGAUAGUCUAUUUGGGCCUCAAAAACCCAAAGUUAGUAUGAAUCAGUUGUCACAACAGAAAACAAACCAAUGGCUUAAUCAAUUUGCACCUCCUCAGGGUACCAACAGUUCUCCUUUGGGAACACAGAUGAAUGUAAUGGGACAGCCUGGCUUUGGCUUACAGGGAAAUCCUUUCUUUAAUCCUCAGAACUUCACACAGCCAACCAACAGCAUGAUAAACAGCAGCUCAGCUAGCAAGGACUUAAACGACCUCUUUGGAUAAUAGUUGUAAUUGUGAGCAAGAUGAUUAACAUUGUUUUAUGUUUGAUAAAAAGCUGAUUUGAGUAAAUUUGAUAUAACAAAAUGAACAUGAGAAAAAGUGUUUUCACAGGGACUGAGUAAUAUAUUUCAUUUGUCUAUUUAAUUUUCUUAGGUAAUUACAAGCCUCUGCCCCUAAUUUCAUUGUUUUAAGGUCAGGUUGUAUCAAUCUGAGCACCCAGAGUUAUGAUUAAUAAAUAAAUAAAGACUGGACAUCUACCAAUUUCAGGCAUUUAUGUUCUGGCUAUUCUUGAUAACUUCUACUGAUAAAGAUAGUUUGAUAAUUUACUACCAGUUGUAACCUGGGCUCUUCCAAAUGCACAAGACCUGAAAUAUAUGCACUAAGUGAGAUAGACUAGGUGGUAAUGUGGGGUUUCAGCCUUCUGGAUUUGGCAUGGGAAUUGUUACACUGGUUUCACUGAAAUGGCCAACAUGUGUAGCCAACAGCAAACAUGCCAUCCAAUAACCCUAUAAAUACUAUAUCACCUGUUGUACAGCAGAGCAGGCCACUAUUUAUGUCUGUUUUAGAUAUCCUGGUUACUGUAUAUUUCUACAAAUACAUAUAAGCAAAUGAUUUAUCAGCAGUUACAAUCUAGGGCCCAACAAAUGCCCCUGAAGUGUGUGCUAAACCUGUGCUCUUGAGUUUUGCUGUCUGAAUUUGAUAUGAUACCAAGUUAGCAAUACUUGCUGAUAUAGGAUAGCUUGUGGUUGAAUGUAUAUAUUAAUAUGGAAUUUUCUGGGAAAAUAUGAGACCUAAGAUUGGUGGACAAACACACAAUUUUUUACCCUUAAGCAUUCUUCCCCAACAGAUAAUGUUUUGAAAGUACUUGGUAUUUGUAAAAUAGAGGUCUUUCACACUGAAAAAUAUUGCAAACCAGAAAUGCUCUGAUUUACCUCUUAAUACCUAAAUGUCUGCCCAACAAAAGCAGUUACAUUUUUGGCAUAAACUUUUAAAAUGUUAUCUAAAAAGGUUAUGCAAUUUUAACAUGCUUAUUUUGACAUCCAACCAUUAAAAUAAUACAGUUGUAGAUUGCUGAACAGAAUAGAAGUCAAUUCAGCAGCAAAGCUGGUAACUUCCUGAUUACUUCCAGUGCAGUGGUUUGAUAUCUUCAGAUAAAUACUUGUUAUGGAUUCAGAUUUGAUUGCCGUUGGCAGAAGCCAUUGUAUUUCUUCAGAUUAAGUAGAUGAUCUCAAAUAAGACAAUGUUAUUGACUGAACUUUUUUUUUCCGUUGAGGCCAUGUCAGAAUAUAUGAAAGAAUAAACUUCAAACAUCAGUUCAGAGAAAACAGUCAUCUUUCAUUUCAUCUGAAUAUUGUUCCAAAUGUAAAAGAUUUCUUUAAAUAAGAACCAGCAGUAAAUUCUGCUUUGUGGGGGUAAAAGUGCUUUUUUCCCCUCUAUUCUUUCAGCUGUUUCUAUUAGUAUGUAAUUAUUUCUUUCCUAGAACAUUGGUGAUCUUUCUUACACAAUUAUUUGGAAUGUAACUAGUUAUAUUGAAAAGAUGUGUAACCUUUUUUAAUGGAAAGAAAGCUAACACAUUUAUUUUCAGUAUCUUUCACUGAUUAAACUGUUUCCAUUUGCUGCCUAAGAAACCAAAGGUCCUUAUGCUGUAAAUGUGAGUUGUAUUUUCUUAAAUUAUAUUUUCAGUUAUAAGCAGUUACAAUGUUAAAUAUAUCUUAAGAAUUUGUUUUAUGUCUUCUGUCUUAGUACUUUUAUUUUGUAUCUUUGGACCAGUGAUAAAAUUAUUUAUAACAAAAAAUCACUUGUGCUAUUUAUGUACUGUCAAUAUUUUGCUGAAGGAUGUUUAAUUAGCCACAUGUGUAAAAUUAUGAAUGCUAAAUAUGCUGUAUAUGCAGUUCUUUGUACAAUUCCAGGCUUCUUUAAAUUUCUUAUUUAUGACUUAGAACAAUUUCCCAAAUAUUAAACAAUUUUUAAAAAGAUAAAACAAAUGCAUUGAAGAUAUAAGUUUCCUGUAAUAUGUGAAAAACAAACUUCUACAAAAAAAUAUGAAUGAUGAUUUGUUUAUUAUAAACCUUGAUUUCUUCAUUUGGGGAUUACUUUGAAGUAAAAUAACCAGUAUAUCUUUACAGUGUUGUUGUUUGUGAAUGGUUCAGCUUUUAUAAUGUAAUUUGAAUUUCUUAAGAUAGCUAUAGAAAGUGUUUCCUUUAGAUUCACCCUACUAAUAAAAACUUGUAUUCCAAUGUUAUAUCAUUGGGGCUUGCAGAGCUUUGAUAGUAAGUAAUGACAUGAGUGUUUUACUGUUCUUUUGUACAGUGAAAAUUUCAUUUGCUGUAAGGCUAUACAUGGAAGUUAAUCUGUAAUAGGGAGGAAGCCUUCAUACCUCAUCAGUAUAAAACCUCUUGAAGCAUUUUUGUACAUGGCCAAUAUCACAGUAACUGUAUGUUGUAACAACAUACCUAGUUUUCAUAAGAUAUCAAAAAAAGAAAUAGGUAUAUGAACAGGUCACUAACUACUAUAACUCUCUAAUAAAGAUUAUUUUUUUCCAGAUUAGUAACAACCUUGAUUACAAAGAAAACAGUUCACUAAUUUCCUGGCAGAAAUAUUUGUUCAGUCUCUUCACCUUCCAUGAGGUGUAUAUUUAAAACUAGUUUAGACACACUGAGCCUGGAUUCAUUAGGGGGCUUAUUUAAAGAUAUUUUGGCCUGUGAGUGCAUGUAAUUGCCUUUACAGCAGAUUACUUUUUUCUUUUACAGUGAGCCAGACAAAUGAACUGCUACCAUCUUAAGAGGGUACUUGGAUAAUGUCAGUGAUACUAUGUUGUCAACUUUUCAUUAUUAUUCACACAAGCAUGGAAUUUAAGAAGACAUUUAAAGUGGAGAAGCAUUUUCUCUUCAGGAUAUACUUCAUGAAUUGUCCUUUUUUUAAGGAAUUCAUUAAUCAGAAUAAGCUAUAACUCUUUUUGUUCCAUCUCAGCUUCAUUGGUAUACAAAAAAUCCAUACUUUUAAAAAUGGAUUCAGAAGUUUACAAGGUUGAUGAAAAUAUUUUUAAAUAACACCAACUUUUUAACUCUGACCUCAUUAAGUAGGAUCAAGUUCUAUCUACUGGCAUGAGCUAGUAGUAAUUUUAUUUAUGAAUAAAAUAGACCACUGAGCCACAAUCAUAAGAAAGAGCUUGAGGAUAGAGGUUUGUCCAGGUGAAAUGUACAUGGAAGGAAAGAAAUUGUUGCCUUUUCUCUGCAAAAGAAGAGGACCAGUCGUGCCUAUCUGAUGGAUGCAGACCUCACUCAGAAAAGAGUGUAGCAAAAUUCAAGAAAGUAGCACAGUUAUACUAAAUAUUUAAGUAAAAAUUUCCAGUCAUUCUCAUGUUUUUCUAAACUUAAAAUUAUAAGAUGCAAAAUGUUUUUCCUUCUGUAGAAGUUCUGCAGUUUAUGUUUUAAACACAGAAAAGUGUAACUAUGGAUGUGCUGAGUCUUGGAUAAGCAAGCAUCUUUUAAAUUACAUCCAAUAUUUCAGUCUGACUAUAGUGAAAUAAAUCUGGCAAGUAACCUUAUCAUAAAUACAUUAAUGAAUGCUACUGUUAUUUGACUUGUGUACAGUGGUGUAUGACAACAGGCUUAUAGUUUUCCAUAGGUAUGGUUCAUAUAAAAAUUACUACUGUUUGUACCUGUUCAUGUUAUGGCUACAUCAGUCUAAUGUAACCAACAUAAGGCAGAUAUAAUAUUUUAAAUAAAAUAAUUGUUAUCUAUUCUAAUGACAUGAUACUAUCAAUUUGACUUUUGUGGAUAUUUUCUAUAUAUUGAUGAGCUUGUGCAGUGCAAGAUUUUAAAAAUCAGUCUUCAAAACACAUUUAGCAAUCUUAUAAAUGAUUACAGGAUUAAGCUUUUGUUUGUGUAAUAUAUACUGAUUCUUGCACUGUGUGAUUCAUUAUCCUGAACUCAAAAGCAUUAUAUACAUUUAAAUGGAUAGGAAUUAUCAGACUAGGAUUACUCCUAAACUUUUUUGGAUUUCAAUCAACUUCUUUAAAAUAUCCAAGUUGCUUAUAUGUCUUUAAAAAUUACUUUUUUGAUGUUUUGAAAUUCUAUGUGUGCAUAUAUGUCUCAAGUUUGGAGAUGGAGAUACACACACACACACACACACACACACACACACAAACUCAGGCCUGAUUGAAAAUAUUUGAUGUUUUA